AUGGAUGGCCGCGACUUCGCGCCGCCGCCGCAUCUGCUGUCGGAGCGCGGGAGCCUGGGCCACCGCAGCGCCGCCGCCGCCGCCGCCGCGCGCCUUGCCCCCGCCGGGCCCGCCGCGCAGCCCCCGGCUCACUUCCAGCCCGGAAAGUACUUCCCGUCGCCGCUGCCCAUGGCUUCGCACACAGCCGGCAGCCGCCUGAUGGGGAACUCUCCGGCCUCCUCUUUCAUGGGCAGCUUUCUCACCGGCAGCCUGGGCUCAGCGGCCCCCGCGCACCCCAGUGGCCCCGCCCCAGCCCCCUCGGAGCAGGCCUACCGCGCCUCCCACCCCGCCACAUCCCAGAUCUGGUUCUCCCACUCCCAUGAAGCUCCAGGGUACCCCAGAUUUUCGGGGAGUCUGGCAUCCACCUUCCUACCCAUGAGCCACUUGGAUCACCAUGGAAACAGCAAUGUUCUCUAUGGGCAGCAUCGUUUCUAUGGAGCCCAAAAAGAUAACUUCUACCUGCCCCCCCAGCCCACCCUCCUGCCUGCCAACCACAACUUCCCCGGCGUGGCCCGGGCCGCGCCCGGCCACCCCAUCGGCUCCUGCAGCCGUGACCGAGGCGAGGCCGGCCCCCUGCAGAAGGGUGCCAAGGAGUUCGACCGCUUCCUCCUGGGCAGAGAGAAGGCCGGCAAGGCGGCGGAGGGCAAGGAGCGGCCGGCGGCCGAGGAGGAGGGCAGCAAGGAUCGGCACAAGCUGGUGCUGCCCGGGCAGGCGGACGGCCACUGCAAGGAGAGCGGUGUCACGCCCCGCGGCGCCUGCGAGGGCCGCCCCAAGCACCUCGCCUCCUGCCUCCUCAACACCAAGGUGCUCAACGGCGAGAUGGGCAAGGCCGCGCUGGCCAGCUGUGCAGGAGGCAUGCUGGUGCGGCCCGGCGCGGGAGUCACGGCCUCGGGGCGCUGCACCAAGGAGCUGGUGGGCCCUGCAGAGCCCGGGCCGGCCUUCAGCGAGUGCCUGGAGAGGCGGCAGAUGCUGCACCAUGCUGUGGCCUACACCGUGCCGUCCGGCCUGCCCGCUGGGCCACCCCCGCCCCUCAGCACGGCCGCCGGCUCCUUCCCCUGCUUGCAGCUGCACGCCGGCCCGGACGGGCUCUGCCCGCUGCAGGACAAAGUCCCCCGAGACCUGAAGGCCAGCGGGCCCACCUUCGUGCCUUCCGUGGGACACCUGGCUGAGAAGAGCCGUCCCUUCCAGGCCGCCGAGGCCUGUGCCGUGGCAGGUGAGGGCAAAGACCGGCACCUCGAUGGCGCCUUGGCCCCCGAGCAUGCCGUGCCCUACGGGGUCUCCUAUGCCCACCUGAAGGCUGAGGGCAAGGGCGAGCGGCGGCCUGGGGGCUUUGAGGCUGCGCUCAACCCCCGGCUCAAGGGCCUCGAGUAUCUCAACAGCACAGGCCCCGAGACCCCCUUCUCCGGGCUCCCCAAAGGUGGUCUGGACAAAAGUGGCUACUUCGAGCUGCCCGCCCACUCGCAGGACUGCGCCCGGCCAAGUCACCAGGACCCGCUGGGUGGGAAGGUCACCCAGGCCUGCUGCACUUUGGAUAAGACCGCCGGCAAGGAGACCCCCUCAGGUCCCCCUGGGGCCCAGAAGGUGGCCCGGAUCCGGCAUCAGCAGCACUUGGUGACCCCCGAGGUGGCCCCAGGGGGCAGCGGGGCUGAAGCCAAGCGCAAGUCCCUGGAGCUGGCCUCUCUGGGCUACGGCGGGCCCCACCUGCCCCCGUGGAGCAUCCAGUCGGGCCAGGGCACCGCCAUGGCCAUUGGCGAGGAGCGCAAGGGUCGCACCUACCUGGACCCCUUUAGUGGCAGCCUGCAGCAGGCCGCCCUCCUGCCCCAGGACCUGCCCGCCCCGCCUGACGAGGUCUCAGCCAUGAAGAACCUGCUCAAGUACAGCAACCAAGCCCUGGUCGUUGGCCAGAAGGCGCCCUUCGUGGGUCUGGGCGGCCUCAAGGCCAGCUGUGCCCAGCAGGAUGUGAAGUUCCCAGCCUCCAAGGGCCCAGCCCAGGCCCCCAGCGAGGCUGAGAGGCCCGACUGUGCCCGAAGCCGGGAGCACGACACCCCGCACAGUGACAUGGAAGUGAGGCAGCCGCCCGUGGGCAUCGCGGUGGCCCUGUCCCGGCAGAAGGACACGGUGAGCCGGCCAGAGAUGGCCUACGGCGCCAACGCUGGGCGGCAGGGCCGGGCAGCCCCUGCCUUCAAAGCAGGUGGCGCGCCCCGCGCCACCCAUGCACUGGACCUGGAGGCCGAGGAGGAGAGGGCACGGCUGUCUGAGGACCGCCUGGGGCUCGCUGGCCGGGAGCUGCUGCUGCAGGACAAGGACCGCCUGGAGUUCUCCCGGAUCCGCCCGGCAGGCGGCUGCCCCGGAGACCUGGCCCCUCGUCUUGUGAUCGGCAGCGGUUCCUCCCUGCCAAGCGGUCAGCUGGGCGGGGACCCGGCCUCCCACCCGCCCUGGCUGCCCCGCACCCGCAGCCCCUCCCUGUGGAUGGGGGGACAUUCCUACGGCCUUGGGCAUCCCGCCCUGCACCAGAACCUGCCCCCAGGCUUCCCCACCUCCGUGCCCGGCUCCGUGCCCUCCGUGUUCCCCCUCUCCCAGGACAGCCCUGCCCAGCUCGUCAUCCUGCCCUCUGAGCCCGCACCCCACACCGCCCCCCACGCGCUCGCUGACGUCAUGGACCAGGCCUCCCUGUGGCCCCCCGUGUAUGGGGGCCGGGGCCCCACCCCCCACGUGCAGCACCCGGGCCAGCUGCCCGUGUACUCCCGGUCCCAGCUCCUACGGCAGCAAGAGCUCUAUGCCCUGCAGCAGAAGCAGCAACCGCGGGCGGCCCCCAUCCAGCGGAAGCCCGAGGACCAUCACCUGGAGCUGGAGGAGCCCGCCCGGGAGAAGACCCCGAAGUCCACCCACAAGCCAGUUGCCUUAACCCCCAUAGCCAAGGGCACCCCCUCACCGGCCACCGUAGGCCCUGUCAAGCUGUCACCUUGCUGCCACUCGCCUACCCCAAAGCCCCCCACCGGCUGCCCCACAACGCCACCACGUCCCGGCGCCCCAUGCACUUUAUCCGUCUGCCCCACGGGCAGCCCCGGGCCUGGCUCCAAACUGCCCAGCUCCGAGGACAAGAGUGGGGAGGGCCGGCGGUCCGGAGCCGACCUUAGCACGUUGGAACCAGACCUGCCUCCUGGAUAUACCUGCCGGGCGGCCAGCCCCACCUUCUCCCUAUCCCCCAGCGUGCACCCUCCUGACCUCUCGGACCCCAAAACUAUGCAAACUGCAGCCCCCAGGGUCCAGCCUGAGCCAGCGAGGACGUUCCCACCCGGGGAGCUGCCCCCGCAAAGCCCCCAGAGCCCACAGGAGCUGGGGUUGCCCUCAGGGGCCAGGGAGGCCACCCAGGACCUUGCCGCCACCCCCCACCCUGCCGAGCGGGGACCCCUGGGGAAGGUAGCAGACCCCAGCCCACUGGAGGGGCUUCGAGGACUGCGAUGUGGGGCCCUCCUCGAGGGAGGGGGCCCCGAGGCCACUGGCCAGGCUCAUUCUACUCAGGGAGGGGCUGCAGAGGAGGGGGCCACGGCGGAGGGGGGUGGGGAGGAGGGGCCAGGGCGCUCAUCAGGGGCGGGCCGCCAGGCCCUGCAGCGGCAGAGAGGCCCAGACGCCAUCGAUGAGGCCAGACCAGGCAAACAGCAGGCCCCCAGGGAAGCAAGGCCGGAGGAGGGGGCUGAGUAUCAGGAGGACGAGCUGGAGGAGGAAGAGGGCCAGGGGUCAACUUUCAAGAACAGCCACCUGCCCAGGGCACUCCUGGGCCUGGAUGCCCUGGUGGCAGCCACCAUCGACCUGGGGGACCUGCCAGGCAUCAGCCCGCUGGACCCGCAGCUUGCCGCUGCCUCAGGGCCCCCACGCACAGCCCCUUCACCCUGUAGCUCAGGGAUUCAUGGAAUUGCCCUGCUCAGCGAGCUGGCUGACCUGGAGAUCCAGCAGCAGAGGAGGGAGCCGGCCUUGCAAGAGGAAGAGGACGCCCUGGCGUUCGACCUGCGGCGCCUGGCCACGCUGGCCUCAGCCUGGUCCCUGCUGGAGGCCGCCGGCCUGGACAGCCCCUCCACCACCGCCCAGCCCCCAGCUGCCGACACCUGCAGGGCUCCCACACUCACGCCCCGCAUGCAGAUCCUGCAACGCAAGGACGCCUGGACCCCCAAGACCAAGCCUGUCUGCCCCCUGAAGGCCGCCAUCGACCGGCUGGACACGCAGGAGGUGGAGAUGCGCGUGCGCCUGGCGGACCUUCAGCGGCGCUAUAAGGAGAAGCAGCAGGAGCUAGCGCGCCUGCAGCGCAGGCAUGACCACGAGAGAGAGGAGAGCUCGCGCAGCCCUGCACGGCGAGGGCCCGGCCGGCCGAGGAAGCGCAAGUACUCCAGCCUGCUGCCCACUCUGCGUCCUGGGGGCCAGCUCCCCAGGGGCGACAGCAAGAAAGUCAAGGCAGUGCGGUCCAGCCUGAGCUUGCUGUGUGCUGAGCUGCGGGGCGGGGACGAGCCCCCAAAGAAGCGGAACCGGCUGGAGUCCGGCGUGUAUGUGGGCCUGCAGCCAGCCUCUGUGGACAAGGUUCAGUGCAAGAAGAGCAGUGGGCAGGGCGAGCUGGCGUCCGCUGUGGCCCACAAGGUGGCCCAGCUGAAGCCGAAGGUCAAGAGCAAGGGGCUGCCUGCUGGCCUCAGCCCCUUCAGGCGGAAGGAGCCCGCUCCGGGGGGACGCAUCCGGAAGAAGCUGUCCCGAGCCAAGGGCACCAAGGUGCCGGGGGCAGCCCGGCACGCACAGCCAGAGGACGGCGGCGCCAGCAGGGAGACGCCCAAGUUCCCGGGCCAGGCAGCAGUGGCCGCAGUGCAGGAGGCAGGCAAUGGCUAUGACAGUGAGAACUGCGAAAGGUUCUUGGGGACAGAGGCACCCCCCAAGGAGCCCGGGCUGGUGCUGCAUGCAGGGGCCAGCGUGGCCAUGCUGGGGCCCUCACCCUCUUCCGUGGUCAAGAUGGAGGCCAACCAGAAGGCCAAGAAGAAGAAGGAGAGGCAGGGCUUGCUAGGGGCCUGCCGCCUCUCCAGCCCAGAGAGCGAGGUCAAGGUCAAGAGGCGCACAGUGAAGGCCAAGGUGGGCACCAAGCUGGAGCGGGCCCCAGGGCGCAGGCCCCCAGGCGCACCAGGCAAAAAGAAAGCCAAGGGCAAGGCCAAAGGCAGCCUGCGGGCAGACCCGGGGGCCACCCCCAGCAGGGACACCCUCUUCAGCCCCGCCCGGGCCUUCACCUGCCGUGAGGAGGGCAGCAAGCUGGCCAGCGAGCGUCUCAAAAGAGCCACACGCAAGAGCACAAUCCUCCAGCCGGGACUGCGGCGGAAGAACGGGGCCCUGUCCAUCGCCCUGUCACCACGCAAUGCCAAGGCCAUCCUGGGGAAGGGCAGGAAGGUGGGCAAGGUGAAAAGCAAGGCUGUCGGCAAGCAGGGCAAGGGCCGGGCCGUGAGUCGGCUGCUGGAGAGCUUUGCUGUGGAGGACGAUUUUGCGUUUGACGACAACGGCAGCUUUGAGGAAGAGGAGGAAGAAGAGGAGGAGCCCAGCGCGGCCAGCCGGCCUCUGAGCGCCGAGCAGAGCGCGGCCCUGGCGCGCUCGUGCACCAUCCACAAGGAGGACCUGCAGGACGGGCUGCCCGUGCUCAUUCCCAAGGAGGACAGUCUGCUGUACGCGGGCAGCGUCAGGACCCUGCAGCCGCCCGACAUCUACAGCAUUGUCAUUGAGGGGGAGAGAGGCAACCGGCAGAGGAUCUACUCUCUGGAGCAGCUGCUGCAGGAGGCCGUUCUGGAUGUCCGGCCGCAGUCCAGCCGCUACCUCCCACCAGGCACGAGGGUCUGCGCCUACUGGAGCCAGAAGUCCCGUUGUCUGUAUCCAGGCAGCGUGGUCCGAGGUACCUGCAGCGACGAGGAGGAGGACCUGGACUCUGUGGUCGUGGAGUUUGAUGACGGCGACACCGGCCAUAUCGCCAUCUCCAACAUCAGGCUGCUGCCUCCGGACUUCAAAAUCCAGUGCACCGAGCCCUCGCCCGCCCUGCUGGUGUCCAGCAGCUGCCGGAGGACCAAGAAAGCUUCCUUCGAGGCCCCCCCGCCCGGCGAGGCCCCCGCCCCCAGCCUGUCCCCCAAAGCGCACGACGGCCCUGAAGCCUCGAAGGCCCCCGGGAAGAAGUCCGUCAGCAAAGACAAAGCCGGCAAAGCGGAGCUCCUCACCUCAGGUGCCAAGCCCCCCGCGGGGGCCUCAGACCACCUCCUGGGCCGCCGGGGCAGCCCGCUGCUGAGCUGGUCAGCGGUGGCGCAGACGAAGCGGAAGGCGGCGGCGGCAGCGGGCGGCAAGGGGCCGGCCGCGCUGCAGAACCUCUUCCAGCUCAACGGCAGCACCAAGAAGCUGCGGGCCCGCGAGGCGCUCUUCCCCGUGCAUAGCAUGGCGGCGCCCGUGUUCGGCAACGGCUUCCGCGCCGACUCCUUCAGCAGCCUGGCCAGCGCCUACACCCCCUUCGUCGGCGGGGCCGGGCCGGGCCUGCCCGGGGGCGCCCACAGGCUGCUGCGGGCCAAGAAGGCCGAGCGCGCAGAGGCCGAGAAGGGAGCACGGCGGCGGGCGGGCGGCGAGUUCCUGGUCAAGCUGGACCACGAGGGCGUGACCUCCCCCAAGAACAAGAACUGCAAGGCGCUGCUCUUGGGCGACAAGGACCCCGGGCCCAAGCUGGGGCGGCCCCUGCCCAGCCCCAGCUACGCGCACCCGGCCCUCGUGGGCAAGGACAGGAAGGGGCGGGCGCCCAUGCACCCCCUGCCCAUGGGGCUGGCGCUGCGCAAGUUCGCGGGCCAGGCCGAGUUCCCACUGCCCUGCGAUAGCGACUGCCCCAGCUCCUACUCGGACGAUGAGGAGGACGGGCCCGGGCUGGCCCCCGGCGCGCCCUCCCGCUUCCUCGCCCGCCUGUCCGUGUCGUCCUCCUCCUCAGGCUCCUCCACCUCGUCGUCCUCGGGCUCGCUGUCCACCUCCAGCCUCUGCACCUCGGACGACGAGGGCUCUUCCUACAGCUCGGAUGACGAGGACCCCGCCUUGCUGCUGCAGACCUGCCUCUCCCACCCGGUGCCCGCCCUCCUGGCCCAGCCCGAGGCCUUGCGCUCCAAGGCUGGCGGGCCCCACGCGCACGCCCAGCGCUGCUUCCUGUCCAGGGCCGCGGGGGCCGGCGGGGGCGCGGGCUCGGGCCCCAGCGGCAGCAAGUCCAAGCUCAAGCGCAAGGAGGCUCUGAGCUUCUCCAAAGCCAAAGAGCUCCCGCGGAGGCAGCGGCUCCCCUCCGUGGAAAACCGGCCAAAGAUCUCAGCCUUCCUGCCCGCCCGGCAGCUCUGGAAGUGGUCGGGGAACCCCACGCAGAGGCGGGGCAUGAAGGGGAAAGCCAGGAAGCUGUUCUACAAGGCCAUCGUCCGGGGCAAGGAGACGCUGCGCAUCGGGGACUGUGCCGUCUUCCUGUCGGCUGGGCGGCCCAACCUGCCCUACAUCGGCCGCAUUGAGAGCAUGUGGGAGUCAUGGGGCAGCAACAUGGUGGUGAAGGUCAAGUGGUUCUACCACCCGGAGGAGACCAAGCUGGGGAAGCGGCAGAGCGACGGGAAGAAUGCACUGUACCAGUCCUGCCAUGAGGACGAGAACGACGUGCAGACCAUCUCCCACAAGUGCCAGGUGGUGGGGCGAGAGCAGUACGAGCAGAUGACGCGGAGCCGGAAGUGCCAGGGCCGGCGGGACCUCUACUACCUGGCGGGCACCUAUGACCCCACCACGGGGCGCCUGGUGGCGGCUGACGGAGCGCCCAUCCUGUGCUGAGCCUGGCCGAGCUGAGGGAACAGCUGGGAGCCAGCACCGAGUCAGCAAAGACGCAAACCCAGGCAGGCGCGGCCCAGGCUUCGCAUCCCUUUCCCUGGGGAGCGGGCGCGCCGGGUGGGGGCGCUGGGCCCCUUCGGAGGGUCCUCCAGCCUCUGCCGCCUGGCCCCGCGCGCCGCGUCCCCAUCGGCAGUUCCCGAGAGAUUAGAAUCCAAGCCAUAUUUUCCCUAGUACCUCCGACUGUCUCCCACCAGGGAAAGCAGAAAUCAGGUGUGCUGUCUAUUUAUUUCUCUCUGUAAAUACUGUAUUUCUGCGGGAAGUUUUAUGGAAAAAAAUAGUGGAAAAGGAUUUUUUCCCCACACGCGUGACGAGGGUGUAUGUGCAUGCGUGUGCGUGUGUGUGUGUGCGUGCGUGCGUGUGUGUGUGUAGGUUUCGUUCUGGGGGUUUUCGUUGAAAAUGCACUGUUUUGCUCAGCCUAGCUGAGUUCUGAC